CCUGUAGCUAUUUGAAGCAAAUGAACAUAAACUUGGGAUAAGCAACAGCUGUUUAGCUUGCCAAUAUGUAAAAAUACUAUUUUUUUAAAAAAGAGGGGAAAACUUGCUUUAUGUGACACCACCAUCUGUGACACAGGAUCUUCCCUUACACAAGGCAAAUCUGAUAUGUUCUGUGCUGUUUCAUCUAAACCAGUCGUGUGUUGUUAGUUGUUAAUGGCCUGCCAAGCUUAUAUGUUACAGUAACCCGGCUGCUGACUGUAUUCACCAACCCAACAAGUAGUGUUACACUGGCAUUCAAGAGGCUGUAAUCACUCACAUAAAUUAUAUGCUAGCCAAUGCUUAGUCUCGUCUCAUGUAAGCUACAUCAUUAAUCACUAAAUGAGUGCAGGGGAUUGUGAAUAUUCUUUAGUUUCCACAAUGGAUUUGGAUGAAAUGUAUUCAGACCACAACAAGCAUCAGCCGAUGCCAUGGGAAGAUAAUAUGUAAGUCAGUGAUGACAAACUUUGUUCACAUGAAAAUAAAAUUUGUUUUACGCCUGAACUAUUUAAAACUGUUUAUUUGUUGGAUUAAUGCAGUGUAAGGUAAGAGUUUCUAAUCGUGUUUUCUUUAAAGGCAAUGAAUUUCUGAAGUUUUCUAGUCAUCUGCUUGUACUAAAACAGGUGAGAAAAAAGGUCACAAUAUUGAGUUUAGGAAAUUAUCGAGGAAUAUGCACGUGAUUUGUUUACCGGUAUCUAAUGUUAUCUUCAUUCCAGAUGGCUUCACUGAAAAAGAACAUUUAUCCUUUAUCUUACAGUUUUAAUUUUUUUUUCCUCAGGGGUAUGACAGUGACCUCAGGUCAUGUGGUCCUAAAGAAGGACGCCCAAAACCUGAUUGGUAUUAGCAUAGGAGGAGGGGCCCCGCUGUGCCCAUGCCUGUAUGUUGUUCAGGUGUUUGACAACACCCCAGCAGCCAAGGAAGGAUCAUUGGCUGCAGGUGAUGAGAUUGUUGGCGUCAAUGGCCAGUCAGUCAAAGGUCGCACAAAGGUGGAAGUGGCCAGGAUGAUUCAAUCCAUCAAGGUGAAUAAUGUUUUAAAAAAGUUAUAAAAUGAAAACUGUCUUUCAGAGCAAAGAAUUUUGAGUAUAAAUAAAAAAUAUAACGAAAUUGCUACCACCCACAUCAUAAUAUCUUAGUGGACAAUAUUGGUAAAAUAGAAAAUCAACAAAUAGAGAUUUUAAAAUAGACAUAAGGAUAUAUAUGUACAUAUAUACCGGGUAAAUAUAAAAAAAUAAGAAAAGCAAUGAAGCAUCAGCGAUAAAAAGGCAAGAAAAAAUUGCUGUUUCAGUUUUACUGAUAUUACAUUUUUAGUUAAAAAUUUAGUUAAUGAAAAGAUAAAAUAUUUUCAUUUUUUUAGGCUGAAGUGACCAUCAACUACAAUAAAUUACAUGCCGACCCAAAGCAGGGCAAAAGUUUAGACAUAAGUAAGUACCAGUACUUUAUAGAAUAGUCUGCUUGAAAAUGUUAGAAUAAAUACUUAAAAAAUUUCUUAGAGCAAAUCUUUUAACUUACUAUUGUAGUUGAUAGUUGUGACAGUAAUGGUUAGCUGAUUUAUCACUAGUACUAUGUAAUUGAGUAACUUAAUGAUGUAACUAAAAUGGUAACACUGUAAUGAUGACACUUUAACAAUGACACUUUUCUCUUAGUUCUCAAAAAGGUGAAGCACAGAGUUGUAGAGAAUAUGAACUCUAACACUGCAGAUGCUUUGGGUCUUAGUAGAGCCAUACUUUGUAAUGGUGAGUAUAUCUCUAGAACAGUGUUCCCCAAAGUGUGGUACUCGUACCCCUUGGAGUACGGGAAGUGUUUUUUUGGGUAUGCUCUGUAAAUGAAAAAAUAAUUUAUUUUUUUUUGAUUAAAGUAUAUAGAAUUUUUUUUUAAACAAGGGAUACUCGGUGUCAUGAAAAUUAUGGACAGAUGCACAGUUGAAAGUUUGGGAAAUGCUGGUCUGGAGCCAUCAUUCAGUUAUGAAAAAUAACUCCAAAAUACAAAUUAAAAAUCUAUCAUAAAUGCAAGGUAAACAAAAAAACUUUUAUCAGUGUGGCAUUUUUGGCAGUAAUUAUAAAUUGAUGAUACUUGUCCCCACAGUUUCUAUAAUUUACUAACUAAGAAAGGGGUUGGACUUUUAUAAAGCUUUUAAGCAGAUUGAGAAGACAAAAACAAAUUGUGAAAAUGAAACAUUUUAUUUUAGCUUUAAUUAAAUGACAUUGUCUUUUAACAAAAACUUACCUGUAAUGUUUUAUUGACACAAUUUGUUUGUGUCUUAUGAAUGAAGCUCACUGUUACUAACCUGUGUCUUCAGAUGGUUUGCUAAAGAAGUUGGAGGAGAUGGAAAGGACGGCCACUAUGUACAGUGGACUCAUCAUACAGACUCGAAGACUGCUCAAAGCUAUAUUUGACUUGUCGCAGUCUCAUAAAGGUUGCUCAAAGAUUAUUUACUCUUAUUAUAUUUAUUUUAUUUUAAGAUUACAACAAAAAAAAUAACACUUGUAAUAUUUAGUCAAUGUCCUAAUAUGUUAAUAUGUUAUUUUGUUUGCUGAUAUCUCUAAUUGUUAUUAGUUAUGAGCCUGAACUCAAUGCUGCACAUAUUCAUAAAUAUACAUACAUUCAAGGUGGCCCAAAAAAUGUGAUUACAUCGCUGUAUUUUCAGAAACAUAAACAAAGUUCAAACGCUUACAAAAAGUCAUUGAGGAGUAGGGAAAGUUGGGGGGGUGGGGGACGGGACUUAAACAAGUUUUUUUAUUUGCGUGACAAUUUUCAUACAACUGUACAUGGAAAUACAUUAUAUUAAUUCAAUUAUUUAACCUUUUGUUACGAGAUAUUCUCACUUUCUCUGAGCCAUCCUGUAUAUAUAUAUAUAUAUAUAAAUCAAUAUAUACAGUUAAUAAAAGCUUACCCACAAUUCCUCUGAUCCAUCUUUCAGCUUUUGGUGAAGUUUUCUGUGGGAUAGGGGUUCGUGAGCCACAGCCGGCGGCCAGUGAGGCAUUCUCUCAGUUUGGUGAAGCCCAUCGUAACAUGGAGAAGUUUGCAAUCAAAAUGUUGAAGACGGUCAAGCCGAUGAUAAGUGACCUCAACACAUUCCUUCACAAGGCCGUGCCAGACACCCGGCUGACAGUUAGGAAAUAUCUCGACGAUAAAUUUGAAUAUCUUGUAUGUUGUUAAUUUCACUUUUUGCUAACUUGUUUUGUAUAUAGUAUUUUUUUUCAAGUACAUGUAGUUCUGAAAUGUAAAUGACAAGCCAUGAAUGUCUCCAAAUAUUUAUUUUUGCAAUUAUAGGUUAAAUAAUCCUUUGUAAUGUAUGGUAGAUAUUUCUCGUGAUGCACAGUCUGGCAUUCAGAAACCUAUAAUAAUGAUAUUGUUGAUAAAUUUGUUGUCGAUGCACUAUGCGGCAUUCGGAAACCUAUAGUAAUGAAAGUUUAGGUAGAUGCACUGCGUGGCAUUCAGAAACUGAUAGAAGAACUCUUAUUGUAACUUAGAAGUUAUUGCUGUACAUUGUCAGGUGAUAGUAGAUUUUUUUUAAUGAAUAAAGUGUUUUAUCUGUGGAGUAUGUUUUCCUAUGAAAAGAUUGGGGGGGGGGGGGGUGGGAAAAGAGAAAAUAAAUAAAUUUGUUACUUUUUUUUUUUUAAUUUUUUUUAGUGGUGAGUUGGAACAUUUUUUUUUUUUUUUUUUUUUUUUUUUUCUAUUGAAAAAUUGGGGGGGGGGGGCUGUGAAAAGAGAGAAUAAAUAAAUUUGUUACUUUUUUCUUUCUAAUUUAUAUUCAGAGUGAGCUGGAAACUAUUUUCUUUUAAUUUUUUUUUGUGGUGGCCUGUAUUAUUUUUGUGGUGAUCAUAAUUGUUUGGUUUUUUGAAAUUCUCCCUAUUUUCAUCUUUUUUGUUGUUAACUUUUUGUCCUUAGUCUUACUGUUUGAAAGUGAAAGAGAUGGACGAUGAGGAGUACAGCUAUGCAGCAUUACAAGAACCACUGUACAGGGUGGAGACAGGCAAUUAUGAAUAUAGGUAAAUAAGGGAUUAACUUUUAAAGGGUUAAUAACGGAGAGGACAAGAUUCAAUGUUGAUGGAGUCACAUUACCAUGGAGCACACGAAUAGGUGGAAUAAAUGCACUUUAAAAUAAUUUGUGGACAUCCUGGUGUCACAUUACCCCUAUUUUAUUUCCUUGUUGAGUCUGGUUCCGCUAUUUAACUUUGAUCGUGGUUUCAAUCCGAUAAAUGUUAAUGAAUCAUCGAUGUGGAGCACUGUCACUUCAUUGAGGACUUAAUAACAGCCUAGUUGCAAUCAUUUAUCAUUGCACCCCCCCCCCUUACCUUUUCCCAAUGCCUUUUACCUGCUGCGCUUCAUUCUAUGUUGAAUAUAAUGACAGUAGGUAUCCUCCCUUGUUUGAUUACAUUUCCAUGCAUUUUUUUAUAACAGGAGUUGAUCAAUAUCAAGAUUUAAUCGAUAUCAAGAUUGAAUCAAUAUCUAGAUUUAAUCAAUAUCAAGAUUUAAUCAAUAUAUAGAUUUAAUCAAUAUCAAGAUUUAAUCAAUAUCUAGAUUUAAUCAAUAUCAAGAUUUAAUCAAUAUCAAGAUUUAAUCAAUAUCAAGAUUUAAUCAAUAUCUAGAUUUAAUCAGUAUCAAGAUUUAAUCAAUAUCUAGAUUUAAUCAAUAUCAAGAUUUAAUCAAUAUCAUGUGAAUAAUCUUGUUGUCUUGUCAGAUUGGUAUUGAGGUGCAGACAAGAAGCAAGGACAAGAUUUGCCAAAAUGAGGUCAGAUGUGCUUGUCAAGAUGGAAUUACUUGACCAGAAGCAUGGUAAACCAUUAUUGUUGACUUUGGUCAUGACUGCAGCAGAUUCACUCAGUCCUGUCAUCUCAUUUGUCAUUUUUUCUUUGUACUAAGCUAAGACUGUGUUUUCUUAGUGAAAUUAAUUAAUAUUUCAUUUAUUUUUGUAAGGAUUUCAUCUAUAUGUAUGACCUAAUAUUUCGAACUACACUUAUCAGUUUAAAUGAGGAAUAAUUUCUCCAGCUAACAAUUGUGUCAAUAGACUGAUUGAAAACAACAAUGUAAAUGUGACUGUCUGGAUGUGUUUUUGGCAAUUGUAUGUCCCCUGCUGGACUGAAUGAAGAGGUGUCUGGUGGAUGUGUUUUUGGCAAUUGUAUGUCCCCUGCUGGACUGAAUGAAGAGGUGUCUGGUGGAUGUGUUUUUGGCAAUUGUAUGUCCCCUGCUGGACUGAAUGAAGAGGUGUCUGGUGGAUGUGUUUUUGGCAAUUGUAUGUCCCCUGCUGGACUGAAUGAAGAGGUGUCUGGUGGAUGUGUUUUUGGCAAUUGUAUGUCCCCUGCUGGACUGAAUGAAGAGGUGUCUGGUGGAUGUGUUUUUGGCAAUUGUAUGUCCCCUGCUGGACUGAAUGAAGAGGUGUCUGGUGGAUGUGUUUUUGGCAAUUGUAUGUCCCCUGCUGGACUGAAUGAAGAGGUGUCUGGUGGAUGUGUUUUUGGCAAUUGCAUGUCCCCUGCUGGACUGAAUGAAGAGAUGUCUGGUGGAUGCGUUUUUGGCAAUUGCAUGUCCCCUGCUGGACUGAAUGAAGAGGUGUCUGGUGGAUGUGUUUUUGGCAAUUGCAUGUCCCCUGCUGGACUGAAUGAAGAGGUGUCUUGUGGAUGUGUUUUUGGCAAUUGUAUGUCCCCCGCUGGACUGACUGAAGAGGUGUCUGGCAGGAAUGAGUCAUGUUGUUAGUUAACUUUGAAUACGUUAAAGCCAAUGUCAUUCUAGAAGUCAUGUAUGGGAUUGACAGUGAUAGGCUUUCAUUCUUUGAUCUGGAUCUAAUCUAGUUUAUUUAUUAGUGAGUUCCCCAUUGUCUUGACUCUAUCACUUUCUCUGAUCUAUUCCCACCAGUUCAAUCUAUCACUUUUUCUGAUCUAUUCCCACUAGUUCAAUCUUUCACUUCCUCUGAUCUAUUCCCACCAGUUCAAUCUAUCACUUUUUCUGAUCUAUUCCCACUAGUACAAUCUUUCACUUCCUCUGAUCUAUUCCCACCAGUUCAAUCUAUCACUUUUUCUGAUCUAUUCCCACUAGUUCAAUCUUUCACUUCCUCUGAUCUAUUCCCACCACUUCAAUCUAUCACUUUUUCUGAUCUAUUCCCACCAGUUCAAUCUAUCACUUUCUCUGAUCUAUUCCCACCAGUUCAAUCUAUCACUUUUUCUGAUCUAUUCCCACCAGUUCAAUCUAUCACUUUUUCUGAUUUAUUUCCACCAGUUCAAUCUAUCACUUUUUCUGAUCUAUUCCCACCAGUUCAAUCUAUCACUUUCUCUGAUCUAUUCCCACCACUUCAAUCUAUCACUUUCUCUGAUCUAUUCCCAACCGUUCAAUCUAUAGCUUCCUCUGAUCUAUUCCCACCACUUCAAUCUAUCACUUUCUCUGAUCUAUUCCCAACCGUUCAAUCUAUAGCUUCCUCUGAUCUAUUCCCACCACUUCAAUCUAUCACUUUCUCUGAUCUAUUCCCACCACUUCAAUCUAUCACUUUCUCUGAUCUAUUCCCACUAGUUCAAUCUAUCACUUUCUCUGAUCUAUUCCCACCACUUCAAUCUAUCACUUUCUUUGAUCUAUUCCCAUCAGUUCAAUCUAUCACUUUCUCUGAUCUAUUCCCACCAGUUCAAUCUAUCACUUUCUCUGAUCUAUUCCCACCAGCUCAAUCUAUCACUUUCUCUGAUAUAUUCCCACCAGCUCAAUCUAUCACUUUCUCUGAUCUAUUCCCACUAGUUCAAUCUAUCACUUUCUCUGAUCUAUUCCCACCACUUCAAUCUAUCACUUUCUCUGAUCUAUUCCCAUCAGUUCAAUCUAUCACUUUCUCUGAUCUAUUCCCACCAGUUCAAUCUAUCACUUUCUCUGAUCUAUUCCCACCAGCUCAAUCUAUCACUUUCUCUGAUAUAUUCCCACCAGCUCAAUCUAUCACUUUCUCUGAUCUAUUCCCAUCAGUUCAAUCUAUCACUCUCUCUGAUCUAUUCCCAUCAGUUCAAUCUAUCACUUUCUCUGAUCUAUUCCCACCAGUUCAAGACAUUGUAUUCCAACUCCAGAAGUUUGUCACAGCCAUGGCCAAGUAUCACACAGACUGCCAUGAUGUCAUGAAGAAUGCUGUAGUCUUCCCCAUUGAGGUGGAUUUGUCCAGGGGGACGUUCACUUAUGACAGUGCCAACAACUUUAAUGAUGGUGGUGAUGAUGAGGAGGAAGAGGAAGAUGACGAUGAUGAAAUGAUUGGGCAAGAUGCCCCAGAUGCUCAGGGUGGAGUUCUGACGGGGGAUUUGUUGGGAGAUUAAAACUGUUGGAUAAAAAUAGGACAGUCAAACGUGUUAUAGGAGUGAUUGAAUUAUAGAGAAGUUAUAUUGCUAGGAUGGUCUAACUUUUUAUAUUAAUGAAUAAACUAUAGAGAAGUUUUACCUGGCAUGGUCUAACUCAGAUGAAGGAUUUAAAGUCAGUGAACAUCUGAAAUAUUUCAAUCUUGCACAUUGUCCAAGCCAAGUUUUUAUUUUAAUGGGUAAGUUUAAUUUUAUUUAUACCUUUAAAAACCAACUGAAUCAAGACCUCAAUCAAAAGCUCUUGUCAUGCGAUCAAUGAGGGAGUACAACAAUGUCAAGAAUGAUGUGAAUAUAAAAUGUUGAAAUUGGAUGUAGAUCAAAUUUAAAUUUCAGUUAUUGCUGACCAAGUAUACAUUAUAAUAAUUUUAUAAGCACAAGGAAAGUUCAGUUAUUGGUAACCGAGUGCACAUUAUAACCAAAUUGAAAGUUCAGUUAUUGGAAACCGAGUGCACAUUAUGACCACAUGGAAAGUUCAGUUAUUGGUAACCAAGUGCACAUUACAUUCAAUGAGAAUUGAAAUGUUUAAUUAAAUUGAAUCUUUCUAGAAGUCGUCAAUACAGAUGUGCUUGAUAGUAUUUACUCCUUCCAGUCCAAAUGCUAACAACCACAUGUUGAGUGAGACAACUACAAUAGUUGAGUGAGACAACCGCAAUGGUUGCGUGAGACAACCACAAUGGUUGAGUGAGACAACCACAAUGGUUGAGUGAGACAACCGCAAUGGUUGAGUGAGACAACCGAAAUGGUUGAGUGAUCAUGUUCUCUGUACUUAUUUCAAUUGAUGAUGAUGUACCAUUGCUUACAUUUAGUGAAGUAUGUUCAAUAUGAAUUCAGUUAAAGGUGUCUUCUAUCAGCAUUGUCUUAUAUUUAUCUCCAGCAAAGUAAUACCAAUUUAUUUUUUAACUGAAUUCUUGUUUUAACAUUUCUGUUACAAUGGUUGUCGCAUAAUGAUAUUUAUGGAAAAUUAACUGUUUACAUUGGCCACAUUUUUUCCAGCAUUCCUGUAUGUGUCUUCGUCUGUGUGUAAAUUAUGUGUAUUUUUAACUUGCUGAAUUAGUUGUCUACAUUAUAUUUAUUGACCAGGGCUGUGUUGGACAUAUUAGUCAAAUUUUGCAAUUGUGAUUAAUUUUUAUUUUAUAAAAAAUAAUGUGAUACAAUAAUCAUUUGGAAAAAAAAAAUUCCCUGGAUAGCAAAGUGACUUGAAAAUUUAUUUAACUGUAAAUAAAUUUGACUUGUGUGGACAUUAUUUCUGGUAUGAAGAACCUGAUCUCUUGAAAUAUCUUUCAUCUGAUAGGAAGAGUGGUUAUUAUUUAUGCACAAAGUUUUAUUUUAUUGAGAGAUCUGAAUUCAUUAUUUCAUUGAUGCUAUAAUUUAUGUAGAUCCGUCACAACUAAUACACAUUUUCUAAUUCAAUAUUGUGCAUUAAAGUUUUUCAUUUUUUAUCAAUUCUAUAAUGUUAAGAAUAUUUUGAUAAUAGUUCAGUAUAUUGGAUUUCUAUCAACAGGUCCCAUUCAUUAUCUGUCUGGAGAUUUUGACUAGAAGAUUAUUACAAAUUCAACUUUUAAAUUAUAAUUAAAAGAAAUUUUUGUUGUUAUUAAUUUGAACUGUGUACUAACUGAAAUAUGCUUUUUUAAAAACAUUUCCAUAGAAAGUAAGCCAACAUGCAAUCACUUCAGAAAUUAUUUGAUGUGUAAACCAAAUACCGGUAAAAUAAAAGAAUGGCAAAUGAUAUCUUAGGUCUGGAGAAAAAUUGGUUGUCUCCUGAAUUAUUUUUAGUUUUGUCUAGCUCCUGAAUAAAAUCCAUUAAUUCUGUAAGAAAUCAUUUGUCAUAUCCUCUGCUAAGAAAACUCAUUCUACCAAGGCCUAGCUAUUUAAACUUGCAGGCUUGUUUGUCAAGAUUAUAUUCUAGGCAUUCUUCUUAAAAUAGAAGUGGUGCUUGGACGAGAAAGUUUCCUAUAUAAUGGGAUAUCAUUUCGGAUUUACAUAGAGGGUGCUGAUGUUUCUGAAGUAUAAGGUCAAGUAUUUUCAUCCACUAAGCUGUUGUUUCUAAGGUACAUUCCUAGUCAAAAGGACCAAUGUUUUACGUUUGUGAAAAGUGUAUUUGUGCAAUAAACGAAACAUUUCUGAAAAGUUGAAUUAA